CAGCCCUCAGCCUAGGUGGGCCAUUGGCCAGGUGAGGCCCUGUGUACCUUUCCUGGCCUAGCGCUACCCUCCAGAGACCGGCCUUGCCCCAAACCGAAGCUUGACUUCCAGUGGGGGCCAUGUGGCCGCGUGAAUGACCAGCCAGGCUUCCCAUGAGGCUAGGCCUCUCAGGCCUGGGCCAAAGAGCUUCCUGCUCACCGAGAUGAGGAAUGCAUCAGGCUUUCUGAAAACAGCCGGAGCUCCUUUGGUGUCAGCGACCUGGAUUCCACCCAGCCCCUCUCCGGCAAUGCCCAUGGUGGCAGCCGGGCCGCAGAUGGAGCGCGUGGACAACGGCUCACAGGGGCCCCACCAGCUCUUCCUCACCAGUGCAUUGGCUCGAGGGGUGUCAGGCGUGUUUGUAUGGACUGCUCUGCUCUUAACCUGCCACCAGAUCUACUCGCACCUGCGUUCCUACACCGUCCCGCAAGAGCAGCGCUUCGUCAUCCGCCUCCUGUUCAUUGUGCCCAUCUACGCCUUCGACUCAUGGCUCAGCCUCCUCCUCCUCGGGGGCCAUCCAUACUACGUCUACUUAGACUCUGUGCGAGACUGCUACGAAGCAUUUGUCAUCUACAGUUUCCUGGCCUUGUGCUUCCAAUAUCUGGGGGGAGAGAGCGCCAUCAUGGCUGAGAUCCGUGGCAAACCCAUCCGGUCCAGCUGCUUCCAUGGGACCUGCUGCCUCCGUGGCAUGUCCUAUUCCAUCACUUUCUUACGUUUCUGCAAACAGGCCACACUACAGUUCUGCAUCGUGAAACCUGUCAUGGCUUUGACCACCAUUAUCCUCCAGGCUUUCGACAAAUACCACGAUGGGGACUUCAACAUCCACAGCGGCUACCUGUAUGUGACCGUUGUGUACAAUGCCUCAGUUAGCCUGGCUCUCUAUGCUCUGGUCCUUUUCUACUUCGCUACCAGAGACCUCCUGAGGCCCUUUGAGCCAAUGCUCAAGUUCAUCACCAUCAAAGCCAUCAUCUUCCUCUCCUUCUGGCAGGGAAUGGUGCUGGCCAUCUUGGAGAGGUGUAGGGUCAUCCCUGAGGUCCAGGCCAUGGACGGCACCAGGGUGGGGGCUGGCACCCUCGCCGCUGGCUACCAGAAUUUCCUUAUCUGCGUUGAGAUGCUGUUUGCCUCGCUUGCGCUGCGCUAUGCCUUUCCCAGUCAGGUGUACUCAGAGAAGAAGAACACGCCAGCCCCGCCAGCACCUAUGCAGAGUAUAUCCAGUGGCUUAAAGGAGACCAUCAGUCCACAGGACAUCGUCCAGGAUGCCAUCCAUAACUUCUCACCAGCAUACCAGCAGUAUACACAGCAGUCCACACACGAAGCUCCUGGGCCUGGCCAGGGUGGGCACCCAUCGUCUAGCACCCACCCUGGCCCAGCCAGCAGCUCCGGAGGGGGUAAGAAGAGUCGCAACAUAGAGAAACGCAUGCUGAUUCCGUCAGAGGACCUGUAGGGGCAUGGGGUGUGUGGAGCCUAGCAGGGGACCCACCCAUCAGCAUUUCUUUUGACAGAGGCCCAGCCUCUUCUGAGAGCUCACUGGGGGGGCGCGUUGGGCCUCUCUAUUCCCUAUAUAUCGCCCAGAGCGAAGUCACCUGGGCAAAUUGGACAAACCUAAGGACCCAGUGAGAUGUCUUAGUUACAGCCUGCAGGUGGCGCUAUGAGUUGGCCCUUCCUUCCACAGGCAGAAGCAGUGCGUGGUAGAUCUGCAGAGAGAGAUGGCCAGGGAGAAUGGGCCCAGUCACUCAGGCCUGGGGAGUCACACAGCCUCGGCCUGGCUGUGGCUAUCUUAGAUGUAUGAAGAAGGCCCUUUGUCCUGCGUUCUAGCACAGAUACUUGUCCAAGCCCUCCCAGGGGCAGCCUAACCUAUUCAGCACAACAGGGUUGCCAGGGCACCAGCCUGCCAGCUACUGACUGCUUAUUUAUAGAUAAACUCCUUGCAUUUUUUAGAGUUUGUUGGGCUUUCUUUUCAUGUGGGGCUUGUCUUCUGAGUGAUGGAUCCCUAAGUAGUGGGUUUGCUGGUGCCCACGGAGCAAGGCUGGGUGUCAGAAACAGCCAAGGUGUGAGCCACGAUGUGGCUCAGAGCAGUAUAGGGCAAAGGGUGUGGACCUUGUCCCCAGAUGACCAGCUCUGUUCCACAACAAAAGUUGGGACAGUCACCUCCCUCUGAACCUCAGGUUGGCCCAACCCUAAAGUGUUUUAUAAAGCUUGUGGCACACAGCCUAGCAUGCCUGAGUACAGGGACUCAGGCCUGGGAGCCCCCUUCUGUCUUUCCUCUUCCUGUGUACCCAGUUCAGUGCUCAUGGAGUCUGGGAUAGGCUAGACUGGCUUUGGAAACACGGAGGACAAAGGUAACAGGGGUAGGGAGUCAGUGACCAGCUGUCCAGGCAAGCAACCAGACAGAAGUGCCUGGUGGAAACCACCUAGGAACAGCAUCGCUUUGCCCAGUUGCCAGCUCCCAGAGCCCACAGUAUCAGACAAGGCAGCUGCACUUCUCUGCCUUCUUGUUCUUGGGGCCCAGACACAGGAGGAGUCAAGGCCAGUGGCGUCUCCCUGGCUCUUCUGGGUUGAUAAGAUAGACUCUGUUCCUCCCUGCACCUGACUGUAAAAAGCCACCCACACCCACUUAUCUGCCUUCUGGGACAGGCAGGCCCACAGUGUGGCCCCCUCAGCCCACACAGUCAGCAGAACUGGGAGGGGCUCAAUACUCCGAGAGUCCUACACUCUAGAGGCUCAGCGCUGGCCUUCAACUACAAGAGGAGGGCUGGCUUCCUUUGCCCUGGAGAGGCCAUAAGCAGCGACAAGCUAGGAAGGAUCCGCUUCCCAGGAGCUCAGACACAAAGUAAGAUCCCAGGCCUUGGGCAGUAUCUGGGGUCUGCACUUUAGAGAGAAGGCCAAACUGACAUCACUAAACACCCACACAUGCACCAGGAACCUCUGUACCCUGGUCCUGGGGAAGGUGUGCCAACCAAAGAAAUUCAACAAGUUGCCUGCAGUUACUGAGCCAGUAGGGGAUGCUACCAGUAGGGGUCACUGCGCCUUGCUUCCCUCUCCCCCUCCACCCCUAUUCAGACAUGCCUCAGUCCAACUUGACACCAAGCAAAGUUGGGCCAUGGUUAUCAUGGAAUGUGGCUGUGGACUGACUCAGAAGGAUCUGACCAGGCCAAGGUGGUCAAAGAAUAAUGGGGAGUUAUCGGAAUACCAGAGGAAGAAGGGGGCUUCGGUCUCAUCGCCUCUGGUGAAAGAACCAACUGCAAGUCUGACCCAUGGGGCCCAAGGAGGGACAGCUUGCCAGGCAGUAACUGUGCAGAUCCUGGCACAACCUUCUGCUAUUUCAUGUGUGUGUACAUUUGUAAGGAGGUCAGAGGUCAAUACUGGGUGUCUUCCUUGGUUAUUUUCCACAUUAGUUUUUAGGACAGGAUCUCUCACUGAAUGUAGAGUUUCAUCAUUUUGGCUAGGCUUGCUAGCCAGUAAGCACCAAAGAUCUGCUUGUCUUUGUCCCUACAAUUGCUGGGAUUACACACACGUAACAGGUGUUUUGUUUGGGUUUGGUUUGGUUUAUCAAGACAGGGUUUCUCUGUGUAACAGCUCUGGCUGUCCUGGAACUAGCUC